GGUCGAACGUUUCGGGCCCGAUUGAGUGGCCAACACGUCGGGUGUGUGGGGCGACAAUUCAGUUAACUGUUUAAUUUGCUUAAAAUAAUUGAGCGCCAGACGUUAAUUGUCCCUCGCUCUCAGCUGCGUUUAAUUACCAAACUAGUGACAUUUCAAUCGAGUUAGAAGUGCAGGAAGAGUGGAGAAAGUCCAAACGACAUCUGUUACUUGGCCAAAUUAAUUAUGGAAGAAGCUUGAAUUGCUUAAAACAUAUCAAGGGAUCAAAACCGUACUAUCUUAAACGAGUAAAUAUAAUAAGUGUUAAUUAAUUUGUUAAUUUUUUAUACAGAAAUCUUCCUUAUAUCAGAGGUAUUCUUGUGGAUUGCCUAAUAAGUUGAAAGCGAAACUUGAAUUGAAAUUGAAACCUCGUUUCUGUUGUCAAUAUACACACACACACACACACCGAGGUACUUGACUUUUAAGUAUUGGCUGAGCCGUGUUGUUGUUGCUGCCAUAUUGAUAUGCGGAACAUGUUUUUUGUUGCCUUCUGCCAAGUGCUUUUACGUCAUCGAACGAGUGUAGAGUAUGCGAUGGGGAGGUUCGUUUCUCCCAGUUAGCAGGGCGAUGAAUAGUUAUACAGUUUGAUGGCUACAAACUUGAUUUUUUUAUGCCAGUAUAAUAAAUUUUGAAUUCUUGGAUUGAAAUUUUCUUUAAAUCUAUCUGAAGCAUAGGUAAUUCCCAUGUUGGUUUGGCCUGAGCAUUUGCCAUUAAACUGCUAACUUGGUCAAUGUUGAAUAUUGGCAAAAAGGAAAUAAAAACAGGUAUGAGCAUUUGAAGGCGUUUGUAAACACAGAAAUCAAUGCUGAGGGAGCCCGGUUCAGUGAGUUGUUGGCCCAAGAACGUGACGGUUGGGUAUCGGUGGAUGACUUAGCGGAUUGCCCCCGGAUGACAAAAUGCCGGCUCCAUGGCAGUGGCUCCUCCUCGGACUCCUCCUGCUGACUCCCCUCCAAACAGAGGCGGCCUCCAAGAGGGUUAAAGCGUGCCUCCAACCGAUGGUCAGUGGUCGGUGCUUCGGAAAUGUGGAGAGCUUUGCCUACAACCCCAUCAAGCGCCACUGCGAACCCUUCAUCUACGGCGGGUGUGGGGGUAAUGACAACCGAUUCAGCAACAAGGCCGAGUGCGAGUUCAACUGCCGUGAUAUCUGAAGGUGUCUGUCCAAAUGCCAAGACCAAACUCAAGCCAACGAGCGCAAAGCAACAAUGCCUUAACAUUAACUGAUAAUUUAUCCUAUUCUAUUUCAGUUACAAUUAAAAUAUCUUCCAGUGAA